UUGGCGGAGGCGGCGGGCGGCAGGUCGCCUGGCCGUUUAAGUUGUGCAGGGUCGAUGACGGCGGUUGGUUUGUCGUUGGGGGCUCCUCUCAGCGGAGGGCAGUGAAGCGGUGGCGUGCUGUACCGGCCGCUUCCGCGCUGAUCCGGGAGCCUGUCCCGUUUGGCAGGGCCUCUACCCCUCCCCGCCCAGGGGCUUCUCCGCGCGGGUAUGGCCGUUACCGGCGAGGCCUGCAGCGCGCCCUAGGUCGCCUUUCGGCCGGCCCCCCCCGCCUCCUUCAGCUUCCUGGGGUACCCGGCGCUGCGGGCGGCCCGCCCGAGCCCCGGCUCGAAGCUUCUCUCCCCCGCCCGCGGUGUGCCCUGUCCCCGCCGCGGAGCCGCCAUGAGCGCGACGGACCGCUCUGCGGGGGCCUCCCCUGGCUCCAGAAGGCUGGCAACCCCCCAUGUCUCAUCCAGGUAUGCUAGUUCUCAGUCUCCGAGUCAGGAAGACUGUACUCCUCUCCCUUCAAUCAGUGAGCGCUUGGCCUUUCUCCAUCCCUCUCGGGAGCUGUUGGAAUACUACCGCAAGAAGAUUGCUGACUUUGAUGAGGAACAUGAGGAUUUGGUAAAAAGGCUGGAGAGAUACAAAGAAACAUAUGAUGAGCAGCACAAAUUGCAAUGGGAAUUACGUCAGCGAGAAGAGGAGAUUGCCGAGUUGCAGAAGGCUUUGAGUGAUAUGCAAGUCUACCUCUUCCAGGAGAGGGAACAUGUCCUUCGUCUUUACUCAGAGAAUGACCGGCUGAAAAUCAGGGAAUUGGAGGAUAGAAAAAAAAUUCAGCAUCUCCUGGCUUUAGUGGGAACAGACAAAGGAGAAGUUACAUAUUUUCACAAGGAGCCUCCACAUAAGGUUACUGUACUGCAAAGGCCAGCUAAAUCCAGAGAGUCACUUGAACGAAAUGACACUUCUAGAACAGGCACCAAGAGGAGCACUUCAGAACCAGCAGCAAAAGGAGAGAAACCAGAAAGUCCUGAGAGAUAUCAGAGAGAUAAUCAAACACUUCUACUGCAGGUGGAGGCCCUGCAAGCUCAAAUAGAAGAACAGACACGAUUAUCCAAGGAACAGGUUGAGGCGCUACUAGAGGACAGGCGGAUUCACAUGGAGGAAGCCCAGGUCCAGCAUCAGAGGGACCAGGACAAGAUCAAAACUAUAACAGAUAAACUUCAUAAGACCCAAAAUCUGUUAUAUGAGAGUACCCGUGACUUUCUCCAGCUCAAGUCUGAUGCCCGAGCCAAUGAGAAAGCAUGGAUGGCAGAGAAGGACAGUCUGCUGAGGAAACUUGACAAAGAUCUGGAUCAUAUUAUCAGCAGGGAGCCAGGAAGAGAGAAGAAGCAGAGUGGUACCAAGAAGAUGUUUCGAACAGAUGAUGGAGCUUGGAAACUCCACAGCAGAGAAAUAAAGUCACUGCAAGAACAGCUAAUGCAGGAACAGUGCCUGUCAAACAUGUAUAGAGAGCAGUGUGUCACCCUGGAAGGUGAGCUGGCUAGGAUUCGUGAAGAGGGAGAUGUUGGCAGAGAACUCUUUAAGGAACGCUCAGAAAAGAUGGGGAAGCGCCUGAAGCUGAUGACUCAGCGAUAUGAGGCCUUGGAAAAACGUCGUAAUAUGGAAGUGGAAGGCUUCAAGAAUGAUAUUAAACAGCUUCGGCAGAAGCUGAAAGAUGUAGAGAAUCAGCUGUUUAAGGUGACUUUGAAUAUUGGACCAGACCAGGAUCUUGCAAUUUUACAUGAGGUCCGCCAAGGAAACAGAAUAACCCGUAAAAUUCAAGGAGAACUAAAAAACUUAAAAGCAAAAAUCUAUGCCUUAGAGAAUGAGCUACGGGUCUGCUGAAGCUGAGGUAUUAGCUGGGAUCCUAGUUUUAGGAAUGGGACACUGCUAGGCUGGAAUAGUCAUAUGUGAGAGGAGCUGCUGCCUGUCUGUUUCCUGGCAUCCAGUGACAGAAGGCUUGAGGAAAUCUGCAGUUAAUGUCAUGAUGUUGUACAUGAGCCAUUCCUAAUAUGCCAGAGUAUAUUGCUGUUUCAGCUGAGAGAUGGCAUCUGAUAACACUGACAUAGAAAGUACAUGAUGACUGAUAUAUCAGGAAUAUGCUUCUGAUUUUAUCUUCAUAUCUGUGGUAGGGCUCAGUGUAUACUGGCCUUCCCCUUUGUUUGGAGCAUAUUAUAAGCCACAGAUAUGGUUAUAAUGAAAUUAAUAAUCAUGGAAGGAUCUGGUUCAAGAUCUGAAUUGCCUGACUGACCAUCUCCUAUGUGAAAAGCAGCUUUUAAAACGUCUUAAAUGAUUACUGUUUUGGUGCUUAGGCACUUCAGGAUGUAACGGGAAAUUUUCUUUGAAAAAGACCAUGUAUAGAAAGUACGUACUAAAGUGUAUUGCAUCUGACUCUCCCCUUGACAGUAUAACUAUUUUAAAAUGGCUUCCCUUUCCUUGGUUCUAACCUAAUUGGGACAAACCUGACCGAUUUAAUGCGGUGGAAAAAGAUGACCAGUUACAGAACUCAUCAGUAAGAACCAGCAACACUGACACUUGUUUUGAAUGGGUGGGCAGGGGGGGAAUACUACACUAUUUAGUGUCAUCUUCUUGUCCCCUUCCUCACAGUUUACCUUAACACACAGAGGAAGCCUGUAAUAAAAGGCAUCUAGUAUCUUCCUUAACCACCAUAUUAUCUAUCUUUGUAGCUUUAAACAAUCUCGUGGUUAUGUACCAACAAAUGACAGUUGCUACUGAACUGUAACUGAAAUUGGGGUGGAAGAGCAGGUGCCUAGUUGCUACAUGAUGAGUACAGCUCUAGCUAUAUGAUGAUUAUCUUCAUACCAGACAUCAGGACACCGCAAUUCUAGAAAACAGAUGAAAUAAUGAAAAGGGUUGCAACAUGGCUUCAGCCCAGUUUAUAAUUGCAGGUAUUCGUCCUUUUGCUGUAGCAUCAGCAAAUCUUGUCCACCUUGUAGACUGAGAGCAGAUCUGUGUUGGAAAAUGGAUUUCAGUGCUUCUGUUUCCUACCGUACCUUUCCUACCCUGUUAAAUGUGGCAGAAGCAGAAUAAUGUCUUUCUGAAACACACACCUAUAGGCUACCAGCACUUCCUUUCCCAUUGAAGAGAACUUAGUCUGUGAAAGCAGGCAAUUUCUUUUAGACGUGGUAGUGGCCAUGGAGAUCCUCAUUCAGUGUUUGGGAGAGGUAGAUAUGCAAAAGAUGGUUUUGUGCUGUCAAGAUUUGGAGAAUGGCUGGUUUUUACAGCACCAGCUAAAGCAAUGCGGGAGGGGAAAUUCCCUUAAGAAGCCAAGGCCCACUUCAGUUGUGUAUCCUUUUUGUGACAAGGUUGCUGUCCCUUACGGUCCUGUGCUGUGCCUUUUAUUUUGUAUGUGUUCUUGAGGUCAAAUUUGUCACAAACAGCCUUUAGUGUGGGUGGCUGACAGUCUGUACCUAGAUGCUCAACUACUACCACAACUUAGAAGAGGCUGUUUUAAAGUAUGUUGCGCUGAGUAGUUUAGCUGAAAAUGCUGAACCAUUCAGAAACUGAUUCACGAGCAACUUGGGUGCUGAUGCUAUGUGGACAGUUGAGGGAGGUUAUUAAAUAAUGCCACCCAUCAUUUAGUCUCACUCUUUCUUAGUUGACUAGUACUUUCUCAGAUAAGUCUAGCUAAUUAAAGUGAGUUUGUGUGUGAAAUAACAAGCUACUGGUUUGAAGAUAAGAUAUCAAAGUUAUCACCUGUCCCGGAGGGUUGCUUCUGAGAAUUGCUACAUAAUGAAGUAUUAGCCACUUAUUCAGCAGGAUCCCUCUACUUAAAUUCUGUUGAUGGGAAACUAGCAAAAAUGUCUCCUGAGCCUAUAGAAAUAAAUGGGUCUCUGUUUAUUUUCAACUCUUCGAAACUAAAGAAUUGCCUAUGAAAUUACAUUGUCCUCACUUGAAAGCCAUGAAGCGUGUCUGGAUAAAGACUGUAGGCUUUGACAUCCAGGUCUGUAAGACUGGGAGGAAGUGUUGGGGGACGAAGGAUGUAAAUGUUUAAUUUCCUGUCUUCCUUACCAGUAUUCCUUAUUACUUGAAAGACCGAACAGAAUAAAAUUACAACAUUCCUAAUAUAUCUGCUAGUGUGUCAAAAUCAAAGUGCAGCUUGAACUUUAUUCCCAGUUUGUCACAAAGCUUUGAACCCUUCCUAUUUGAGGGUGUGGGGGAUCUGUAAAUCCAUUUUAUUUGGAAGGUUGAAUAUUCGUCCAAGGGCAGGAAGUGCAAAGUAUUGUACAUGCUCUUUCUGUGUGACAUUGUGUGAUCAUGUGAAAUGUUGCUUUAUGUUGCCAAAACAAAUGUGGCCCUUCAAGCCAAGAACUGCUUUAAAAGGCCAAGUGCUUUCUACCACUGACAGCUACCCUUUAAGAGGUCAGUAAAGAAUUAUUGGCAUUUCCAAAAGGGCUUCCUGUGGAGGAAGACCUCUGUUGGUCAAUUUUCUUCCACCAUUUUUGGGCAGAAAACAAAAAAUUGCAUUUACUCCAAAGACUGAUUAGCUUUUUUUGCUAAUUUAAGUUAGUAAUGUGUGACUUGUAUCAUUUCAAUACAACUAAAUGCCAGGUUACAUAUGUAGGAGCACAGAAUUUGAAAGAUCUCCAAAAUGGCUGAUUCUAGGAAUAUGGACUCUAUCCUACAGAGGAUUAAAGGUUAGAACUGGACAAAUGUUCGUAUUGUGAGCCAAGGUACUAAAAUGUUUCUUGCAUAAAGGGGAGAAAAACGAGCAGUAGGGGAAAACUUUAUUGUUGUUUGCCCUUAUUUAGGUAGGGAAGGGUGCGUACAUUUCAGAAGGGUGUUGAAAUAUCGGGUAAGGCACAGAACCACAGAUGAUUCAGCAGAAGAGAAAAGGUUGUGCAAGAUCUCAUACUGUAUUUCAUUAAGAAGACAAGAAGACGGAUUAAUAUACAUGUAUCUUGAAGAUUAAAAACUACCAAAGGUGCCUCUAUCCCAGCAGAGAAAGGCUGAGCAAGAACCAGUAGCCUGAACCUGAAGUUAAUUAAAAAAAAAAAGCAGACAUUUUUAACAGGAAGAUUGCGCUUUUUCAUUAUAAGAAACUAUUUGUGGGAGUAACAAACUCUCCAUCUCUCUCUUCAUACUGAAAAAUGAUUGCACCUAUGGAGAAGGUAGCUAGCAGUUACUGGAUUUGACACAUUAGAACUUAACGACAUAUAGUGAUGUGAACUAGCAAGAAAUCAUUUAAUGGUUCCUUCUGGCUUUAAACUUAUGAUUUAUUUAUAUGCAAUAUUUGUAGGAGUUUUUCAGUGCUUGUGCGGUUGCCUUAAUUAUAGGAAUGUAUGCUGUGUCAGCUCACUCUACACAGCAAGGUUACACAAGGUAAAAAAACCAAAACAAAAUUAAAAGAAUCCUUCGUGAUCUUCCUAUACCACAACUUCCAGUAAUUCCCAAAUUAAUUGACACUAUGACUGUGCUUAGAAAGGCAGAUGAACAGUAGCCACACUUCUGAUUGCUGUCAGAAUAAAUCUAAAAAAUAGUAUAGUAUCUACUUGUAUGCAGUGGCGGUACUUAAAUUGCUUACGUAAGUAGUCGUAUCAAUUCAGAAAUGUGCGAGUUUUGCCGGUAUGGAUGGACUCUGUGGGCAGCCUAAUACUCCGGAAUUGUAAUGUCUCUGUAUGUAUGCCAGGAAGUAAUUCUUUGAUAAUCAGAUGCUUUUUUGCGACUAGCUGGGAGCAACAUCCCUGUGUACUUUGUUCUGGCAGAUCUGUUCAUGUUUGUGAAAAGCUAUGUCGUUCAGACUUCUAAGUACAGUGCACAAACACAUUUAAUUCUGCUACACUAGAAUGUAUUUGUGCCUGCUCAGUCAAAAUGCUAAUGAAGAUGACUCAUUUGUCCGCAAUCAAAGUGGCAUCGUAGGUCAUUUACAUAUAAGGACAUUUUAAGAUUUUUCAUUCUAAUUUUUCUGCAUUGUUUUGCUUUUAUAUUCCCAAGUUGCACUGAAUUGUAAGAAAUAUCUCAUUUACUUCUUCAACAGUUAUUUGUAAAUUGGCAAGUCUAGCUGUAGAAGUAUACACAUUUUUCAGCAUGUGGACCGGGAUUAGGUACCAAAACACACUGGGAUACAGUGUGGAAGGCAUGAGAGGCGAAAGCUGCUGUAUUCACAGGGUUUAGGCAAAAAGAGCAAAGUUUGCUUCAAUUCUUACGUUGCAUCAAAAGUUUAGGACUUUCUGUCUGACACAGGCCGUUGGAGGUAACUGGAAUUUAACCCACCGGCAGGAAACGUUUCUGCUGUGACUGAAGCAUUUGAGAAGAGUGGGGUGAACUUCUGGCACUUCCCAUUUAGCACCAGAUUAACUGUUUGGAGAAAGAGCAUUUUUGAAUACGAGUGCGAGUGGCUGCCCGUCAAGUAAGCUCCACAAAUAGAGCUUUACAAACAGCCCUCAGUGGGGCUGACUAGUCACUUAUACUGACUAAAUUGCACAUUUUCAGAAUUGGGAUGCUGCUGGAUUGUGGACAGAUUACAAAUGUUUAAGUACGGAUUAUUUGGUUUUAUUCAGCAAACCCACAGAGGCUUGCUUUCAACACAGAAGUGUUUCAGUGUUAAAGCAAGACAAUGACUUGGUAGGCAGGCAUGAAGGGUUUCAUUGUUGAAAUGGAUUCAAUUUGAAUAAAAAGCUCCGGGUUUACCCUGGUGAAGCAUGUCCAGGA